AUGGGUGUACAAGAGGCAACCCAGGGUCCUGUGACGACAACAGAGGAGGUGCAGCCGGACAACGAGGCCAUCCAGAUCAAUCAUGAACAUGCCGAACGUAUGGAUGGAGCCUUCCUGUCCAUCGUCUUCAGCGCAGCAAUCCCAUGUGGUCUCGUGGUCAUUGUUACAGCUAUCCUCCUCGGCGUCAUCUACGCCAAAGAGGUCGACCCCAACAGAGGCUGGCCUGAACUACGGCUCACCAGCAAUACCACCUCGGCUUCAGGCCUGUACAUGAUUCUGAGCGACUGGAAGAACCUUGGUGGUGAUCCCGCCGUGUUUGUUGACUUCAAUCCUACCUCCUUGACGGCCAUCGCAACCUUGACUGGUAAAGUCAUACCAUACCUGUCUAGUUCCAUCAUGGCACUGGUUGCUUUCUUCGUCGCCCGUCGAAUCAUCCUCAUCUCAAAAGAAGACGAAGCCCGCGACCUCCUCACCCCACACCAGAUGUCGCUCCUGAUUCAGUUGCUAGGAGGAAGUAGCUUCACCCCGUUGAAAGAUUGCGUGCACUAUCACGUCAAGCACAAAAAGAGAUGGAUCUCACCAAUACCUCAUGCGUUCUCGGCUCUUGCUGCAGUCACAGCUUUGGGAAUCAUCAUCCCAGCCGCAGAUACGUGGUUCGCCACGACUGUAACGCCACGCACGGUGGUCAUGCUCGAGAAAAUCACCAACUCCUCGAAUUCCAACUUCGGCCGAGGUCUUUGGAAUCCCAACGGCACCUGCUACGAUUACUGGGCCUUCAACGAGACCUCGGAUGGCGACCCAUGGCCGAUGCCUUGUAACAUGAACUACCUGACCUACGACCAGGACAUACACGAUCCCCGAAAGUGGAGCUACAAUGUGUUCAACGCCAAUGAAGCCAUGCUGACCAUGACGGGUCUGUCUGAAACGAACAUCGUUAGGACCUACAGUGACCCGGAGAAUCCAAACGUUCAAUACAAGUACUUGGCUGACAAGAUGAUGAACACUACACGGGACUUUCGCGCAUUAACAUUCGCCGUGAAGACCGAGUGCACCCCGAUGACGACAAAGUGUUUCCCAUGGGUCAGCGUCGACCAGAGCAAGGACAACUGGGGAAGUAUCGGGACCAACUACACCUUCCAAUGCAGCCCGGGCUACGUCGGCGAGUUGACCUCCAACGGUGCAUCGCUCGCCACCGGCCUCCGUACCACAUCCAAUGUCUCUACGGGUGUCGGGUUUGCCCCUGACGCAUCGUUGAGCCGCAUGAUCGGCAACGACGCCUCCAACGUCGAGUUCGCCGCAUUCACCAACCCGUUGUAUUUCGGUGCAUGGUCACUCGGGUGGAAGAAUGUGCCCAACGGCACAGACUGGGGGGAGUGGGAAUACGACGAAGAAAUAUUCUAUGACGACAACUACUACUACACCUGGAUGCUGAACUGCAGCACAUCCCUCUACGCAGUUAACUACGACUGGGUCAACGGCACCGUCCAGACCUUCAACACGUCCCUCUCGGACGCUGACGCCGGCGGUCCCGUCUCGUACCCCUUCGCGGCAGGCCUUCCCGCGGCGGACCUUUGUCUGGACUACGCGUCUGCCCGAAUCCAGCAGGCCGACAACUCGAGCCAGCUGGCCGAUUGGUGGGGGAACUUCUUCUCCAGCUGCGCCAUGUACAUGUUCUCCGCGACGCUGGACGCCCACGAGACCGAUCUCGAGCAGACGCGCAACAACAACCACAUCGCGACCCGCGUGCCCAUCGUGCCGCUGUUCGUGCUUCUCGGGUUCAAGUUCCUGUACUGCUUCGCCGUGCUCGUGCUCGCCGUCGCCGCGUACCACUACACCAACCCGUCCGAGUCGCAGUCCGUCAAGGAGCGGCUGAGCGUCAAGGGCCUCGCGGCGACCUGUUUCGGCGAAGGGCCCUCGCACCAGCAAGUCGCGGUGAAGAACAUUGAGCAGCUCUUCCAACCGCCAGCAGCAGGAGCAGCAGGAGCGGCCGACGCGACAAACAGGGACGCCAAUGCCGAGGCCGAAGCCAACCCGCCGCCUGAGCAAAAGGUCGCCAUGGUCCAGACCGAGAUGGGCGGGUGGCAGUUUGUCAAGAUGGCCGCGGGGAGGGUAUACGACACCGUGGCCCCGAUCGUCGAGAGACAGGUCAUGUCCGAGGCCACCGGAGGUACUUUUGGUGCCGGUGGCCAGGAUGCUGCGAAAUGGAUCUCUCUGGUCAAGAAAUGA